AUGGACACGAUUCGUCUUGAUUCCGGUAGCUCCGUUGAUCCUAGCCAACCGACGCAACUGAUUUCGCCCGAUGCCGUGCUGCAGCGACGACGAGCGAACAGCUUCGAACUGGCCACCCUGCUCUGUAGCUUCCUGAUUGGGAACGGGUUCGCCGCUUGCGUCGUCUCCGGUUAUGCGACGCGCGAGGUCGUCAACAAUGAUCAGCAGCGUGUCGGUUGCCCCUUCGUACCGCAGGAGGACGAGGAAUCGUCUGAAGAGGAACCGCCAGCACCGGCGAACAAGUACCAACUCCGUCAACCACCGGACCUACGCAGCCAAUAUCUGCUAAACAUCGAGGAAGAAAAACUGACGAAGGUACGAGCCGAGGAAGUGUCCCGCGAGAACGCCGAACGCGAGGAGAUGGAACGUCAGGAGCAACCUCCGGAAGAUCCGAAACGUGGCCAUCGGGUACAUGCGUGGGUUGCCGUUCUACAUAAUGCUCCCUGGUGCUACAAACCCGGCUACCGCGAGCUAACGAUCGAUCCCAAUACGGGCGAACAGGUUCUGCAACCUCCGAGUGCCUUCUUCAUCGAACCGGCCACCGGUUUCCGGCACGAAGUAUCCUCCCAGGACUAUCUAGCGAUCGAGAGUGUCUGGAACCAGCACAAUUACUACGUCAACAAGCAGAGCAACCCUCCGACCGGGGGUCUCGGUCAACUGCGUUGGGAUUUCGCAAAUGGUACCGACUGGGAACACUUCCUGCCCGGUGAACCGUACGAACUGCGUGAAGACUGUACCGUACCGGAGGAUCAGGAACCGCUGGCAACGGAGGAGGAAAUCGAGAAGGAGAAACAUCUCGAUAUGCCCAUCUCCUGGGUGCAUCCGUUGAACGUAUCGAGGACGGAUUUCGAACAGCGCUUUCCCGACGGUACCAAGGUGAUCUACUUCAAGAAGGCCAUCUACGAACGUUUCGCACCGUACCGGAAUCUGAUCGGAUUGGUUCGUCGAUUGACGACGUACGAUCGGUUGGAUUACGAUGGUCAAGCGAUUGCCCGUUGGGAGUGGUACGCCAAUCGGAACGAUCUGCUGACACUGGUACGCAUCGAUUAUCGUGCCAACGCAACAGAGGAACGGUUCGAAAAAGGCCGCUCGGAUUGUUUGCGGUCGCUGCUGCAUCGAAAAGGGACUGGCGCUCAGAGCGAGUAUGAGCUCAAGUUCUACCAUCAAUAUCGCUUCGAUGCACUCAAGAAGCUUGUCUACAAUACAUCCUGCAUUAAGGAGUACUACGAUAAGCGGGAUGAUCUGUUGUACUACCGCGAGUUCCGUAACAUUCCCAAGGAUCCCAUCACCAAGGAGGAGAGCAAACUGACGCUCAUCACGGAGCAGUUCCAUCAGAACCCGACGAAGAUCCCGGUCGAAGACAUCGCGACCCGUUGCUGUUACAUCGGGGACAAUAAAAUCAAGCUGCAGUUCCAUUACGGCGAAGACUGCAUCACGGCAUCGACCAGAGAGUUUACCAAACCACCGAAAUCGGAAAUGGGCGAAGAGGUGCCGUACGAUCCCAACUGCACCACGGGCUACGUCUCCAAUCCGUGGGACCCACAGCCGACCCAGCUCGAUCUGUUUCUCAUGCUGAAGGCUCAGCUGAAGGCCGAAGAGCAGUCGGCCCUCGCGUUCCGGCGCCGUGUGGUCGAGAUCGAGACGCUGCUGAGCGAACGCCGGAAGCAAACCGAUUCACCGAAGCUCACCAGCAGCCUGUUCGAUCCGCUGCGCAACGAGGAAGCGCGCCAGCUACGGUUGGCCAAGUACGAGGCGAUCAAGGCACGUGAAGAGCAGCUGAAACAGCAACAGGCAGAUUUCCUCGCGCCGUAUCUGUUACGCCUCGGAUCCGACACACGCCGGCGGCCACCAACUCGUGCUCAGGUGAUGCAACUGUAUCGCGAUUGUACCGCAGAUCUGCGACGCUUUUACCAAAAGCUUGAGGAAGAGCUCCGCAACCGGCUGGAUGAUCUGAUCACCGAGGAGCAAUCGCUGCGACGCUUCCUAUCCAAGUUUCAGCAGCACUUUGAGGACGCCGAGUACGACAAGUUCAUUGCCGAGGGCGAGAAGCUGGAACGGGAUAAGCACAUCCUGCAGAUGCGUCUGGAGAACAUACAGGACGAGUAUCGGCGUAAGGCGGAGCAUUUGCGCCGCACGUUGCGCGAAGACGAACGACUGAAACCGUUCCUCACCGACGAAGAGUCAUCGUGUGAGCGUAGUGAGAGAGGGGAUGAGUAA